CAUCACCCCAGACCUGGGGUUCUUCUAGUGCUGGGAUGGGCUCGUGGGUGGCUGGAAGCCUGGCAAGAGGAGAGCCCAGCUGGUACCAUCAGCUGCCCCCCGAGGCCAGCAGAACCCCUGCCAUAAAGAGGCCUGGGGCAGUCUGGGCCCGGACACUGCCUUUUGCCAGUGGGAUCAAAGACCCUGCCAAAUCCCACCCAGCAACAUCCCCUGGCUCCCUUCUCCCUCAGGAUGAUUGCUGGUCCCAGCCUUAGCUGUUACUGCCUCCUCUUUCUCUUCCUUUUGGGGGAUGCAGGGGCCGAGGGCUCUCAGAAGGCUGCCCCGGAACAAAUACAUUUGUCCUACCCAGGUGAAGCUGGUUGCAUGACGGUGACCUGGACCACGUGGGUACCAGCUGCCUCGGAGGUCCAGUUUGGGCUGCAGCUAGGAGGGGUUCUACCCCUGCGGGCCCAAGGCACCUCCAGUCUCUUUGUGGAUGGGGGCUUGCUGAGGCGGAAGCUGUACAUGCACCGAGUUACCCUUCGGGGGCUGCUGCCUGGUGUCCACUAUGUGUACCGCUGCGGCAGUGCCCAAGGCUGGAGCCGCAGGUUUCGCUUCCGGGCUCUCCAGUCUGGGCCCAACUGGAGCCCCCGCCUGGCCGUCUUUGGGGACAUGGGGGCUGACAACCCGCAGGCUUUGCCCCGGCUCCGGAGGGAGACCCAGCGGGGGAUGUACGAUGUGGUGCUGCACGUGGGAGACUUUGCUUAUAACAUGGACCAGGACAACGCAAGGGUGGGCGACACGUUUAUGAGGAUGAUUGAGCCGGUGGCUGCCUCCGUCCCCUACAUGACGUGCCCCGGGAACCAUGAGGAGCGCUACAACUUCUCCAAUUACAGAGCGCGUUUCAGCAUGCCCGGGGACACGGAAGGGCUUUGGUACAGCUGGGACCUGGGGCCUGCCCACAUCAUCUCCUUCUCCACUGAAGUCUAUUUCUACCUCCACUAUGGGCGCCACCUGAUUCAGAAACAAUUCCGCUGGCUAGAGAGGGAUCUGCAGAAAGCCAACAACAACCGGGCAUUGAGACCGUGGAUUAUAACGAUGGGGCACCGACCCAUGUACUGCUCCAAUGCUGACCUGGAUGACUGUACACGACAUGAGAGCAAAGUCAGAAAAGGCCUCUCUGGUGGUCACUAUGGCCUGGAGGAUCUCUUCUACAAAUAUGGAGUUGAUCUGCAGUUGUGGGCCCAUGAGCACUCCUAUGAGCGCCUUUGGCCUAUCUAUGACUACCAGGUCUAUAACGGAAGCCGAGAAAGUCCCUACACCAACCCCCGUGGACCCAUCCACAUCAUCACUGGAUCUGCUGGCUGUGAGGAACUGCUGACCCCUUUCAACCCUUUUCCGAGGCCUUGGAGUGCCAUCAGAGUGAAAGAAUAUGGCUUCACCCGGCUCCACAUUCUUAAUGGUACCCACCUCCAUGUGCAGCAGGUGUCUGAUGACCAGGAUGGGAAGAUUGUGGAUGAUGUCUGGCUGGUUAGACCCAGGCAAGGCCGUAGGACCUACCUCUAGGAGCCCCAAAGCCCAAAGUGCAGUCCCAGGCUCAAGGGGUGGGCGAGGCCUGACCUCCAUGGAGGAGGCCAGAAUUCUCUUCUGCAUCUGGGGACCUGGGGUCCUAAGCUCCUCCUGGGCACAGGAGGCCAGCCCUGGGGAGAGUAGGCAAGGGAGUUAAGAUGUUUACAGAGAGGGACGGAGUGUCCUCAUGGAGCCAAUGUCGGGCUGUGGAGCUUCACUGCCCACCCUUCCCCCAAACACUGUUUUCUGCCUCAUGGUCAUGGAUUUCAGGAUCUCCAAAGGAUCAGGCAGCUGGGACCUCAGCUUGUCCUGGGACUCUGGACACAGCCCUCCCCUGCUGGGGGAUCAUCUGUGGUUCUCACUGCCCCCAGGAUGAACCUCAGACUCGGGGACCUCCAGUCUCCAGCCUCCCUCCACCAUUCUGUUCACUCAUCUGAUUCAAGCCUCAUUUCCCCAGGCUCCUUUCCAUUCCAGCCUCCAUUUUCCUACCUCCACGACGUACCAUUCUGGAUGCUGGGAAUGACCUCCCCCCCAAAUGCCACCGUGGAAGUUGUGGCACCCGCCUCCUCUGCCAGGGGCCCUCCCCUUCCUCUUCUGAACCCUGACAACAUUGUGUACCCUUCAUUUUUUGUGGGGGAAGGAAGACUUGUAUUUCCUUUGUACUGGUUAUUGCUGGUGAGGAAACUACCCCCAAAUCAAUCAGCUCUCAGGCCACCUCUCUGCAAUUACCACACUCCAUGAGGGCUUCUGGCCCCAGAGCCCCUCCUUCUCAGACCUACCAGAUAUCUGAAGCACCCCCAUGUUAUCAGUCGGUGCUAUUGGUGAAGGCUUAGCACAGCAGAACCAUGGAAGAGUCCUUGGCUAGGGGCUAACCAAUGACCCCUCUGGGUCACCUUUGUCCUUCCCUCUGGGCCUCAGUUUCCCCACCUGUACGAGAAGGAAUCAAGAUUUCUGCAGUUUCUUCUAGCUGUGAAGCCCCCUUUCCUCCAGGAAGGCCUCUUGGCCCCAGUGCCCUUUUUCUCAUUCUCAUCUCCCAGCCUCCUAGAGUGACCUCCCCUCAAUUUCUCCAUCUGUGCAGUGAGGCCUGCUUUGAGGUUCCUUCUGGCUCUGAUUAGGACCAAAGACCUGCAGCUGCUAGGAAACAGCUCUUCAGAGGUCCUCUAGUCCAGGCCCCCCAUUUUACAGUUGAGGAAACUGAGGCUCAGGUGAUAUAGGCAGUAGGUAGGA